GACGUAGGCGCCCCUGGCAGAUCGGAAAUCGGGCUUUUGCUCGAGGCUGCGCCCAGGCGGGAGGGCGGCUCAGGCCUGGCCCCCUGGAACCGCGCCCCCGCAGCACACGAGUAGGAAUCGUCCUUGGAGAAGAUGGAAGGGGAGAAGCAGCCGGAGCCCUACACGGGCCUAUUUGCUGACGGGCACCUGAUCCUAUGGACUCUGUGCUCGGUGCUGCUGCCGGUGUUCAUCACCUUCUGGUGCAGCCUUCAGCGGUCCCGCCGGCAGCUGCACCGCAGGGACAUCUUCCGCAAGAGCAAGCACGGCUGGCGGGACACGGACCUGUUCAGCCAUCCCACCUACUGCUGCGUGUGCGCGCAGCACAUCCUGCAGGGGGCCUUCUGCGACUGCUGCGGACUGCGCGUCGACGAGGGCUGCCUCAAGAAGGCCGACAAGCGCUUCCAGUGCAAGGAGAUCAUGCUCAAGAACGACGGCAGGGCCCUGGACAGCAUGCCUCACCACUGGAUCCGGGGCAACGUCCCCCUGUGCAGUUACUGUGUGGUUUGCAAGCAGCAGUGCGGCAGUCAGCCGAAGCUCUGCGAUUACAGGUGCAUUUGGUGUCAGAAAACAGUCCAUGAUGAGUGUAUGAAAAAUAGCCUAAAGAAUGAAAAGUGUGAUUUUGGAGAAUUCAAAAACCUCAUCAUUCCACCAAGUUACUUAACCUCUAUUAAUCAGAUGCGUAAAGACAAAAAAACAGGUUAUGCAAUGCUAGCCUCUAAGCUUGGAAAGCAGUGGACUCCAUUAAUAAUCCUGGCCAACUCUCGCAGUGGAACUAACAUGGGAGAAGGACUGUUGGGAGAAUUCAGGAUUCUUCUAAACCCAGUCCAGGUUUUUGAUGUAACUAAAACUCCUCCGAUCAAAGCCCUGCAACUUUGUACGCUUCUUCCUCAUUACUCAGCUCGAGUGCUUGUUUGUGGAGGGGACGGGACUGUGGGCUGGGUCCUGGACGCAGUUGAUGAAAUGAAGAUCAAGGGACAAGAAAAAUACAUUCCACAGGUUGCGGUCCUGCCUCUGGGAACAGGCAACGACCUAUCCAAUACUCUGGGCUGGGGUACAGGUUAUGCAGGAGAAAUCCCAGUUGCACAGGUCUUAAGAAAUGUGAUGGAAGCAGAUGCAAUAAAGUUGGACAGAUGGAAAGUUCAAAUAACAAAUAAAGGAUAUUACAACCUGAGAAAACCCAAGGAAUUCACAAUGAACAACUAUUUUUCUGUGGGACCAGAUGCUCUCAUGGCUCUCAAUUUUCAUGCUCAUCGUGAGAAGGCACCAUCUCUGUUUUCUAGCAGAAUUCUUAAUAAGGCUGUUUACUUAUUCUACGGAACCAAAGAUUGUUUAGUGCAAGAAUGUAAAGACUUAAAUAAAAAAGUUGAGCUAGAACUGGAUGGUGAGCGAGUAGAACUGCCUAAUCUGGAAGGUAUUAUAGUUCUGAACAUUGGAUACUGGGGCGGCGGCUGCAGACUGUGGGAAGGGAUGGGAGAUGAGACUUACCCCCUAGCCAGACAUGAUGAUGGUUUGUUGGAAGUCGUUGGUGUAUAUGGGUCUUUCCACUGUGCUCAGAUUCAAGUGAAACUGGCAAAUCCUUUUCGAAUAGGACAAGCACAUACAGUGCGGCUGAUUUUGAAGUGCUCGAUGAUGCCGAUGCAGGUGGACGGGGAGCCCUGGGCCCAAGGGCCCUGCACUGUCACCAUAACUCACAAGACGCACGCACUGAUGUUGUAUUUCUCUGGAGAACAAACAGAUGAUGACAUCUCUAGUACUUCGGAUCAGGAGGACGCGAAGGAAGCCGAGUAGCUGGCUGAGGAAAUGAAAACUUACAAUGGAAUCCUCACAAACACGCCUAUCUCCUGCCUCUCAACUUCUGAUCUGCAGGCUGUCUACAGCCAUAAGAACCAGCUGGGAGCACACCGCAAGUAUGAAGGCGUAGGCCAUCAGCACUUGACUUCAUGAAUCCAUGUCUGGAGAUGGACCAGAGGCACCUCCGGCUUCAUCUGUAAGCACCUCAGGUGCUUCUGAUGUGCACUGAAAUUUUAAAGCCACUGGUCUACCUCAUGCUCACCCAGGACUUUGCCAGAUGAAUAUAAUUCAGCAAAAUUGAAUUAGUUGGAUGUUCUCAAAGCUGUUUUUUCUUCAUGAACUGUACUCUUCCCCAAAAAUCUGUCUUUUAAAGGAACUCUUUGGAAAAACUUGCCCGUAGCCUAUCCAAAUUGAUGUAUUUCUUUCAACUCUAUUACAUAAAAAUUGGUGGCCUCAGAUUCUUUUGCAGAACCACGGGGUGUGAACCAUGUACGAUUGGAGUCUUGGAGGACAGGCAGUGCUUCGGGGGCCAGCAGAGCGGAUGCCCAGCGACUCCUGCGUCCUCGCUUCAGUCAGUGCCGCCCCAUGCUGGUCCCGAUAAGACUUCAGUAAAUAAAAUACUUCUUUUCAAAAAGAGAUUCCACCCUUUUUCAAAGGAUUUGGUUACUACUACUAUAAUGACGAUCACAUGGGUAAUUAUCUACUGAUUUUUACGAAUUCAGAAACCUCAUAUGUUUUGGUGAAAAUAUUUUGGAGGUCUCCGUUGCUGUUUGGAAUAUGGUCACUUGGCUAUUUCACAAGUUUUAAAGGCAUUUUGUUGAGCCUCUGUUCCUCAUAUUUCUAACCUUAGUAAAGUGUAGAAAUGGUCUCUGUAUUUAGUUAAUUUUAGUUACGUAGGUAUGUGCGCACGGGUUCACCCCCAGGCCCUGACUGAAGUCAGUGCACAAGGCUUGCAGGUCUCGAAAAGGUACAUUCCAAGGGUCUGGAGAAAGAGUUUUUUUAAAAGGCACCUUCUAAUACAGACGUUGAAAUGUAUCGUAGACGUGGGACACUUACUCAAUCACUGCAAGGAGACCCUGGGCUACCUCACCGUUGAAGGACAGUGUCAAAGCAGAACACACUUAACAGAAGAGCAACUAUGAUCUUGGAAAUUUCCAGCAUGUGGUACUUGUUGAUGACUGAUGUGGAAUAUUGAAGAGAGAGAGCUGGAAAGUUAGGUUGCUUUUCUUGUUCCUCUCACAUUGUCCAGGCAAGCUGGCAUCAAGAUCAGAGGAGGAGAUUGUGUUAUCAGGAGAAAAUCCCUGGAGCAAGGAACAGCCUUUGUAUAGUUGGAUGACAGCAACUCAAAAGGACAUUUGCUCUCAUUACUCCAGUUCUGGGCUCUGCCAACAGUCUUUCUCUUGACUUUGAUGUGCUCAAAUGAACCCUGCAGGCAAACUGGCACUCUGAUUUGUAAUUCUAUUUAAUGGAAGUUUAGAGCCGCUCGGGCCAUGGUCCUGAUCACUUGCAGGUGAACUGAAUCAGAUCUCUGAUCCUACAGUACUGAAGAUAUUUGUAAGGCUCCACUUAAGAAGCCAGCCGGCCUCUUGCACUUCAUAUCCCUCUGGCCACAGAGCUCUGUACCUACCAUGUAAUUAUCCUGUGUUAAUUGCUUUUGUUGUGUUGGGUCCAUAUUGUGGUCAUUGCCUACAGACAGAAAUGUGAAUUAAAGCAUUUGAUAUGUUGAAGGUGUUUGCUUGUUUCUUAAUAAAAUUAAAAAUGCAGCACUUAAAAAAAUAUGAUUCAGUGUUGUUUUGGGACACAACAAUGAGAAAAUAAGUGGCUUUGA